AUGACGAAUGACAAACAACAGCAAGAAGAAGAAUUGCUUAUAUUAAAAUCGAUUUUAGGUGAAACUAUUACAGAUUUAAGUAAUGAAAAUGAUCAAUUUGAAAUCGAUAUUGAAUUUCAAUUAUCUCGACCAUUUCAUUUACGUCUUAUUGAUAAUUCAAAUCAAUUAUCAACAGUAAUUCAACAUCUUCCACCAUUAAUUUUAACUAUACAUUUUCAUGAUCAAUAUCCAUCAUCAAUACAUUCACCAACAUUUGUACUUUCAUCAUGUUAUUUAUCACGUACAUAUCUUGAGAAUAUGUGUCGAAAAUUAGAUGAAAUUUGGGAACAAAAUCUAAGUCAACCAAUUAUUUUUCAAUGGAUUGAAUGUCUUAAAGAAGAGUUUUCAUCUGUCAAUGAACUUUGUUUAACAAAUUCAGAAAUUAAUAAUGAAAAUGAUGAUCCUCGAGCAAUGUCUAGUUAUGAACCUGAUCGAGCUACACGUAUCUAUCAACAAUUAAUCGAAUAUAAUCAAGAAAUUGAAAAUGAAAAAUUUCUUCAUGAAUAUCAUGAAUGUCCAAUUUGUAUGUCAAAUGAUAUUUCUGGACGUGAUAUGAUUCGAUUACAUAAAUGUCAUCAUACUUUUUGCCGGGCAUGUCUACAUGACUAUGCUCAAAUGCAUAUUAAUACAGGUUCAGUAGAAUGGUUACUUUGUCCUGAUUCACAAUGUCAAUUAGCAUUGUUACCAUCAGAAAUAAAAAUUACUAUUAAUAAUAAUGAAUUAUAUGAUAAAUAUGAACGAUUAUUAUUACAAAAAACACUUGAACAGAUGUUAGAUAUCGUGUGGUGUCCAAGAUGUCAACAAGCAGUUUUGACUGGAAAUGAAAAUGAUAAUCUUGCAUUAUGUGAUCAAUGUCGUUUUGCAUUUUGUAAAAAAUGUAAAAAAACAUAUCAUUCUCAAACAUUAUGUGCUAUUGAACAAGAAUUAAUAGAAUUGAAAGAAAAACGUCGUAAAGCGCUUCUAAAAUGGCGAGGUUUAAAAUUAACUGAAGAUGAUGAGAAAAAUCUAUUACGUGAAUUUCUUGCUGUUGCAAGAAUUGAAAAUUCAACGCGUCUUUGUCCAAAUUCAAUGUGUCAAGUACCGAUUGAAAAAAACGAAGGAUGUGAUCAUAUGUAUUGUGUUCGUUGUCGAACUAAUUUUAAUUGGAGUGAGGCAAAAGAUCAAACAACAGAAGCAAAAGCAUUAUUUGAACAGUACGGAAAUGAUUUGGAUAAAUUAAAUGAAGAAAUAAGACAUGAAAGAGAUGAUGAGACAGAUAUCAAUAAUUUGAAAGUAUUAGAACUACCAUUAGUUACAAAACUUCUUAUGAGUCGUACUAAACAAUGUCCAAAUAUGAACUGUGGAAAACAUCAUGUUAAAUCUGGUGCUAGUAAUUAUAUUAUCUGUCAACAUUGUAAACGAGGUUUUUGUUUCUCAUGUGGUAACUCUGUUGCUAAACCAAACUCUCAUUUUGGACAAGGUUGUAAAAGACACUCGGAUACAUAA